GCUACAGCCAGAGCCUAACGGAAAAUAUCUUCAGAGGUCAAGGCUGGUGGCGUGCUAGUUGUUCCCCAGUUAGUUAGCGCUCUUUCCCUUCCUCGCUUCGAACCAAAUCAAAUUCGGAGCGGCGAAGCGGAAGAUCCCCAAGCGGCCAAGCCUCUCCCCCUUCCCUUCGAUCCAGCUGAACCCGCGCACUGAUCGGGAAGCUAAUGCCGCGCGAGUCGCGGGAUCUGUAGCGCCACCGGGCUUCUCAGGCACGCGCGGCGGGUAUGGAGGCGCAGAACGGCGCCGGGGCGCCGGUGGUGCUCAACGUGUACGACCUGACGCCCAUGAACAACUACCUCUACUGGUUCGGCCUCGGCAUCUUCCACUCCGGAAUCGAAGUCCAUGGCAUGGAGUACGGAUUUGGAGCACAUGAGUUCCCAACGAGUGGGGUAUUUGAGGUGGAACCAAAAAGCUGCCCUGGCUUCGUCUAUAGAAGGUCCUUGUGGAUGGGCACAACUGACAUGUCCAGGGCAGAGUUCCGCUCAUUCAUUGAAAAUCUUGCUGGAAAGUACAAUGGUAACACGUAUCAUUUGAUUUCAAAGAAUUGCAACCAUUUUACAGAUGAUGUCUGUAAGAAUUUGACCAGGAAGUCAAUCCCUGGAUGGGUGAAUCGGCUAGCAAGAGUAGGUUCAUUUUUCAACUGUCUCCUACCAGAAAGCAUCCAAGUUUCUACAGUCAGACACGUCCCUACUCAUCCUGCAUUUUCUGAUGAUGAUAUGGAUUCAAUAUCUUCAUCAAUUAUUGGGGAUAGUGAUUUGGAAGAGUUGGACCAACACCUGCUGCCAUCAGACGUCCAUUCUAUAGAUGUGCCGCCAAAGUUAGCCAAAGAUCUUAUCUGAAUUAGUCCACCCUUUUGGAUUCCAUAUAUCAGUAUAACUUCAACUGCAGCAGCUGGCGUCCUUGAAGUGAUUCUCCAGGUGGUGUGACCGUGUGGGAAUGUAGACGAAUGCUGCUAAUUAUAUUGAUUCUUUAUUUACCACUGAGUUUUUUGUAUACCCACAUACAACUCAACAGCAAUGACAUGCUUUCUGACAUUUGUCGUUAGUAUCUUGUGUUUGGGUGAUGUUGUAUAGUCCUGAUGAAUACUUAUAUAUUGAGCCAAUUCUCUCAGUGCCAUAGAAAUUAA